UGGUCUCCGGCUGUAGCGUUUAAAUCUCGCGCGCUUCACUUGGAUAGGCUACUUCUUAGAGUGGUUGGCUGUCUGCGAGCCGCCACUCCUCCUCGCCUUCUUCCGCGGGCAAAAGGUUUUCAAAUUCGACCAAUCGGCGAGCGCGCUCCAUCAGCCGUGGCGCGUCACCGACGGGUUAACCGCAACCAACCGGAGGCGGGUAUUAGAGAAAAGAGCCAAUCAGGAGGGCGCGGAGGUGUGCCCUGGGGGCUUAUAAGGGCGGCCCCUGGGCGCGCGCGGCGGCAGUUGGACUGCGGCGGAGCUAUACACCGUUCCUCUACCUCGCGCGUCAUGUCGGGCCGCGGCAAGACCGGCGGCAAGGCCCGUGCCAAGGCCAAGUCGCGCUCAUCGCGCGCCGGCCUCCAGUUCCCCGUGGGCCGCGUGCACCGGCUGUUGCGGAAGGGCCACUACGCCGAGCGGGUCGGCGCCGGCGCUCCGGUGUAUCUGGCGGCGGUGCUCGAGUACCUCACCGCUGAGAUUCUGGAGUUAGCCGGCAACGCGGCCCGCGACAACAAGAAGACGCGGAUCAUCCCCCGCCACCUGCAGCUAGCCAUCCGCAACGACGAAGAGCUCAACAAGCUUCUCGGCGGCGUGACUAUCGCCCAGGGAGGUGUUCUGCCCAAUAUCCAGGCCGUGCUGUUGCCCAAGAAGACCAGCGCCACCGUGGGGCCGAAGGCGCCCGCGGGCGGCAAGAAGGCCACCCAGGCCUCCCAGGAGUACUGAGGAGCGCCCGCACCGGCCCCGGCCGCCCGGCCCUCCCCAUGCCGCCACAAAGGCCCUUUUAAGGGCCACCACAGCC